UCCUCCUCCGCCUCCUCCUCUCUGUAAUGUAAACAAUGCCGGUUCGGUUAAGUCGCUCCGCUGCGGGUCUCUGUGUCCGACCCGAUCACGCAGUCGCCCUUUUUCCCGCUCGCCUGUACGAAGCGACGUAAAAAUCCGCAAAACAAAAUCAAAAUUACAACAUUCACAAUUUUAAAAUCCCCAAAACAGCACCGCAGCCUCCUUUUGUUGGGUCCUGAUUGCGCUCCAGAGACAUCUGCCUGCUGGAAAAACAAGCAGUCGGUGCGUUCACGCUUAAAACACGCGAACUGCGCCGCCCACGCGAACCCAUCGAGGCCUCCUGCUCGGGCAGCCGCGACCGCGGCCCGGCUGUUUUGGAGUCGGUAGCCAUGGCGGAGUGAAGGGCUGGAGCGGCCGGAGCUGGAGGAGGUCCUCUGGAAGGUCCAAUAAAGAGUGAACGUUUCUAGCAGAGGUCAGUGUCUCAGAGUGGAUGAUUCAGCAGGAGAAGCCACAGUUGGCUGGCACCAUGCCGGUGGUGUGGCCUACACUCCUCGACCUCAGCAGGGACCAGUGUAAAAGAAUCCUGCGCAAGCUCGAGCUGGAGGCGUACGCGGGAGUGAUCAGCGCCCUCCGCGCUCAGGGGGAUCUGACCAAGGAUAAGAAAGAUCUGCUGGGGGAACUUACCAAAGUCCUAAGCAUCUCGACCGAGCGACAUCGGGCAGAGGUGCGCAGAGCAGUCAACGAUGAGCGUCUCACUACCAUCGCGUACCAUAUGUCUGGGCCGAACAGCUCUUCGGAGUGGUCUAUCGAGGGGCGCAGGCUGGUCCCUCUGAUGCCCAGGCUGGUGCCUCAGACGGCUUUCACUGUAACGGCCAAUGCAGUGGCCAAUGCCACAGCACAUCAGAAUGCCUCACUGCUUCUCCCUGCAGAGACUGGCAACAAAGAAGUGGUGGUAUGUUACUCGUACACCAGCACUACUGCCACGCCCCCCAGCGCCUCUGCCCCCAGCGGCAGCACAGCAGCUGCAGUCAAAUCUCCCCGGCCUGCUAGCCCUGCCUCCAAUGUGGUGGUCCUACCCAGUGGGAGCACUGUCUAUGUAAAGAGUGUGAGUUGCUCUGACGAGGAUGAAAAGCCUCGUAAACGUCGCCGCACUAACUCCUCUGGCUCCUCCCCUGUGCUGUUAAAGGAGGUGCCUAAAGUGGCCCCGCCCAUUUCAAAGACUAUCACCGUGCCGGUCAGCGGCAGCCCCAAAAUGAGUAAUCUGAUGCAGAGCAUCGCCAACUCUUUGCCCCCCCACAUGUCCCCAGUGAAGAUCACCUUCACCAAGCCCACCACGCAGACCACAAACACCACCACACAGAAGGUAAUUAUCGUGACUACGUCUCCGAGCUCCAAUUUUGUGCCCAACAUCCUCUCUAAGUCACAUAACUACGCGGCCAUGUCUAAGCUGGUCUCCAGCUCCAUGUUGUCGUCAACCAAUCAGAAGCAGACCAUGGUGAUAUCAGCAAACACCAGCAAUGCCCCAGGACCCAGUUCUGUUGCCGUGACAACUGUGGUGUCCUCCACCCCGGCAGUGGUCAUGUCCACCAUGGCGCAAACUGGUUCCUCUGCAGCAGUUAAGGUGGCCACAGCAAGGCUGCCCUCUCCCAAGGCUCUGGUGGGCUCUCCCUCUCAGAUUCUCCAGUUCCCCAAACAACAGCAGCAGCAGCAACAACAGCAGCAACCACAGCAGUCCCAGUCACCCAAAGGGCUGCAGGGAUCGCCCAUCUCCUCCUCUACUCAGAGCGCCAGCACACCCUCGGGUUCCAAACCCACCAUUCAGAUCAAACAGGAAUCAGGUGUGAAGAUCAUCACACAGCAGAUGCAGCCAAGUAAGAUCUUGCCGAAGCCCUCCAGUGCUGCCAUGCCCAGCAGCAGCUCUGCUCCAAUCAUGGUGGUCAGUAGUAAUGGAGCCAUCAUGACUACAAAGCUGGUCUCUACUCCUACAGGGACACAGGCCACCUACACCCGACCCUCAGUCAGCCCCACUAUCGGAGCCCGAAUGGCCACAUCACCAGCCGGGGCAACCUAUGUCAAGACCACCAGUGGCAGCAUCAUUACAGUGGUUCCCAAAUCUUUGGCCACACUGGGAGGAAAGAUCAUCAGCACCAACAUAGUGUCUGGCACCACCACAAAGAUCACCACCAUUCCCAUGACCUCCAAACCCAACGUCAUUGUGGUGCAGAAAACCACAGGGAAAGGCACCACCAUCCAGGGCUUGCCUGGGAAGAAUGUGGUCACCACGCUGUUAAAUGCUGGGGGGGAGAAAGCUCUGCAGGCAGUGCCAGGAGCAAAGCCUGCAAUCAUCACGGCAUCGAGGCCAAUCACAAAGAUGAUAGUAACGCAGCCGAAGAGUCUGGGCUCAGCAGUGCAACCGUCCAGCACUACCAAGAUCAUCCCCACCAAGAUCGUCUACGGCCAGCAGGGAAAGACCCAGGUGCUGAUAAAGCCGAAGCCCAUGGCGUUCCAGACGGCCGUGGUGAGCGAGCAGACGAGGCAGCUGGUCAGCGAGACACUGCAGCAGGUGUCCCGUGGGGCCGAGGCAGGUGCAAUACCGGGCUCCAGCCAGGAGGGGGCGCUGAAGGAUGACUCUCCUUCUUACAUGGAAAGCAGCCCCGCGUCCUCAGACAGUACACACGAAGCCCAGCCAGUGGUGCACGUCAUCACCUCUAGAGGCCAGGAGUGGGCCGAGCAGGAGGUUGCCGUAGAAGCGAGUCCCACCAUCAUUUACCAGGAUGUGAGCGGAGAGGCUCAGUCGGCCACGUCCACCAUUAAAGCCCUGCUGGAGCUGCAGCAGACCACAGCAAAGGAGAAGGGUGAAGCCAAGCCCAGACAGCACACCAUUGAUCUGAGUCAGAUGGCAGUGCCCAUCCAGAUGGCCUCAGAGAGGAGGCAGUCACCCGAGCCCUCAGGCCAGGCUGCAGGUGAACCUGAAACUCCAGCAGAGUGCAGCACUAUAGGUAAAUCGGUGAAAACCGCAGGCGGAAGUGAAGUGUCUGCAUCCAGCAGCCAGUCAUCAGCUCUCUCCUCCACAGUGAAAAGCUCCAGCGCUGCUCCUUCCACCAGCACCACCACACACAGCGCUCAGGUGGUUGCAUCUCCAAUGCAGGCCAGGCCACUGGAGGAGCAGACUGUAGUGGAGGAGGGCGAGUUGGAGGGUGACACGCUGGACCCUCAGACCGGACUGUUCUACAGAUCAGCCCAGCCCCCACCUCCCCCCUUGCAGCAGCACCGCACCCCACCUCAUACCCUCAGCAAGCCUCCUGCCACCCCACCUCAUGCCCUCAGCAAGCCUCCUGCCACCCCACCUCAUGCCCUCAGCAAGCCUCCUGCCGCCCCACCUCAUGCCCUCAGCAAGCCUCCUGCCGCCCCACCUCAUGCCCUCAGCAAGCCUCCUGCCGCCCCACCUCAUGCCCUCAGCAAGCCUCCUGCCGCCCCACCCACACCCAGCAAAGCUGGUCCAGGCCCAGCUGAAGCAACUCCGGCCUCCAAAAGACCGGAGCAGGCCAGCCCACGACCCCCUGCUCCAGCAGCAGCUGCGAAACCCUCCGUCUCUCCCUCUCCCUCUUCCUCUGUCACAUCUGGAGCUGCAGCUCAGCCAACCCUGCCCGCCCUGCCUACCAAAACCCUCCACACUCCACAGCUGCCCAAACUGCAGCAGGCACCAAGCUCACACAACCGGCCCAACACACACACGCAGCUGUCCCAGCCACCGCCGUUGCAGGCCCACCACCCUGUAAGCUUGGACAAGACAGCCAGCAGUAGCAGCCAGGUGCAGCAGCCGAUCAUCACACAGGGCGCUGCGGUCACUAAGAUCACAUUCGGCAGUCACCAGUGUCCGCCUGUGUCCAGCAGCGGCGAGGCAGCGGCUAAGCUUCAAGCGGAGUCGAGCUCAGGCCUGGGUGCGACUGAGAAAUCGUCCGUGUCGGACAUCCUGAAGAUUUCAAUGAUGGAGGCCGAGAUUGACCCGAGUGCAGAGUCCAUGGUGGUCGACUCAUCCAGCGACUGCAGCCCCUUUACCAAAACUGCGGCAACCUCCCCCCUCAUCAGCAGCUCCAAACACACACACUCUCACACGCACAGUGCCUUCGGUCGGCUUCAGAAGAGCAAAGACCUGGACGUGAUACAGGUGAUCCCCCAGUACUCCAUCAUGCCGGACUCAAGUCAGUCGAACGUGGUGGUGGAGCCCAGCGGCUUUCUGGAGAUCACCGACUACACCAGUCAGCGCCUGGACGAGGAAGCCGCCAUGGACCAGGAAGUGGACAGCAGCAACGACGAGGGGGCUGCAGCCAGCCCCAUGGAGGCCUGCGCUGACCAGUCACAGUGAGCGGUAGGGCAUAUUCAGAACCGCUGCCAUCAGACUGGCCAUGAACACUGCUGAGAAGGAGCAGCACAGCUGCCUGUGCUCAAUUCACACUGACGUCCUAAAGAGAACUGAAGUAAUCAGUCUGAAGGAGCGUGUAGUGUGUGGACCCCAAACUCCGGACGACAGCCUGAGGUGCUGUAAUGAUGAAAAAGAAGAAAUAAGUAUCUUACAGUUGGCUUGAACAGCAAGACUGUUCUCAGCUUUCUCUACUCAACACAUGUCAGCUGAUUGUGUUUUUUCAUAGGACAGUACGCUGAACCGAAGCACCCAUUUGUGAAAUUUUAAGCAAAAUGAUGAGGACUUUGGAUGCGUUUACUUGACAUCCUGCAUUGUCUCAAGGCGAGAGCGUGCUCAUUGCAUCCUGGGGACGAUGACUGUGGAGGAGGAGCGCAAGUUCUUGGUUCAGAUCUGGUUUGGUUUCAUUUUUAAAGGCCCAGGGAACCGUUUUCUAUCUGUUUAAGUAAAUCAUGCUCUUGUAAGCAAACAAUAUACGUGUACAAAGUA